AUGGCCGCUAAAACUAUUAAGUUCAACGCCGGUAAAGUGCAAUACGACGAAGAAACAAAACGCUGUACUCCGUUACCGUUCAAAGGAGUAGUUUCAAUUAAACCAAACGCUGACGAAGAAGAAUUUUACGAUUUUACUUGGACUCCAAAAUCAAACACUACAAGAAGUUUAGAUAAAGAUGAAUUGUUAAUUAUACCUGGAGACGUGAGCUUUAAACAAGUUCAGUCUUGUAAAACUGGAAGAGUGUUUGCUCUAACUUUUUUAAGUUCUGGUGCUAAAAACUUAUAUUGGUUACAAGAUAUCGGUGAUGAUGAUGAAUUAGAUAAAUUGACAGAAAAGGAUAAAUCAUUGGUUAAAUCAGUGGAGGAAUUGAUCACUCCCAAAGAUGAUGACGACGAAAUUAAAGAAGAAGAACCAAUUGAACUAAAGGAGGAACCUAAAGAUAACCCUUCCUUCCCGCUCCACUCCAUCUCUGACCUAUUGACUCCUCAGUUAGUCGAACAACACUUGGACUCUUUAACUCCCGACCAAAUCCAAUCCCUAUACGGCCCCCAUCUCCCUCCCACUAGCUCGGUUUCCAAACAUGACGUCUUACAAGUGGUCAGAAGCGGCUUCUUCCAACAAACCGCCAACAAACUAAGCGAGCAGUUGCGCGAAAGCAGAGGCGUCGGCUACCUCUUGGCCCAGGCGUUCCACUACGACUACAACGGAGAAGGUAUCGAUGACUUCUUGAAUGGCAUUAGAAGAGUUGCCAAAGACGACUAA